GCAAAACAAGAAGAAACUUGUUAAGAAAGUGGAAGCUAGCAAUGAAGUCUAAGGAUACUCUUAGAUCACCGGUGGGCUAUCCUACUUAUAUGACCGAAAUGAUUCCAGAUUCCCAAGAGAUUUUGGACAACCGAAGGUUUAAGAAAGCCUUGGAAAUUGCUAAAAGUCCUUUGAAAACUUUACCAAUGAACAUAUUUAUGUCGUGGAUGGUCGGCAACUCCCUUCACUUGUUCAGCAUGCUUUUUUUAGUUAUGAUGUUUCAAACUCCUAUUAAAAAUAUUUGGAAUAUUAAUUCUGCUUUUUCUAUUCUCGGUGAAGACCUUGAUUUAAAAGUUCCCAAGGCAGUAUGUGUCGCAAGUAAUAUUAUUGUAUUGGCUCUCCCAAUUUACAAAGCUUAUAAUAUGGGCCUUCUUCCUACCACUGCCGACUAUCUAAUGUUUGUCACGCCAGAGAGAGCUACGGAGUUAUCAGUAGGGGGGGCCGUUUAAUAUUUUCUUUUCUAA